AUGUUACAAAUUGAACAAAAUAACUUGCUUAUACAAAAGACAUUGACGGAAAGAUUAUUUCCUGAAUCCGAUUCAUUGAAAUCCUUGGACCGUAUUAUAACUGACUUUGACUUCACCACAUAUCACAUUAGCACAUUACCCGAUGACAAAUCGAAAUUGCUCUUGUCUUUGAAUUUGAAAUGUUGGAACGACUUGGUUUCUUCCGAUGUUGAGGGUUACUUGCAAUCAAAGUAUUCAUCGUACCUGAAUUUGACAAUUUUGCCUUCAAAUCAAGUUGAACAAGGUUACAAUUACUCAAUUGUUUUGGAUACUGCAAGCUCCGCAUCUUCUGAUGACGAGGACACGAAGUUGCGUUUGAUUGACGACUUGAGUUUGUUGAAACGUAAUGCUAUGGCAGCUGCAUUCCACAAGGCUUUCAAUAGGUAUGAUGAGUUACUGGCUAAAUAUAGCAAUUCCAAUACCUAUUCAGAAGAAGUGCAACUGGAAUUAGCCAGUGAGCCAGUAAUUGUGAUAAAGUACCGUGGUGUUGAUGAAACUAUCUACUUGAAACCUUCUUUUGACCGAGUCACUGUUAUUUUCUCAACCAUGUUUCAAGAUGAAACUGAUAAAGUGUUUGGUAAAGUGUUUUUACAAGAGUUUGUUGAUGCUAGGAAAAGAUCGGUUCAAACAGCACCACAAGUGUUGUAUAGUCAACUGGAACCGCCAUUAGAUAUCGCACGUUAUGUUCAAGCAUCCAAGAAUGCCAAUGACGAAAAUAAAGGCUAUGUUACAUUUGUCUUGUUCCCUAGACAUUUGGUGAAGGGUGACAAGAGAGAAAAUUGUAUUUCCCAUAUUGAAAUGUUUAGAAACUAUUUCCAUUAUCAUAUCAAAUGCGCCAAAGCUUUUAUGCAUUCGAGAAUGAGAUUUAGAGUCAAGGAGUAUCUCAAGAUUUUGAAUAGGGCCAAACCUGAGAAUUUGGAUGAUGAAGGAAAAGUUAUUGAAAAUAGGAAAACGGCAAGUGGUAGAAGAUUUGAUAUCAAGGCAUAA